AUGUUGACCUCCAAGCUGCUCUCGUCCGCCCCGCACAUUGCCACCCAGCGGGCCCUGAUCGUCCUCGACCUGCAGAACGACUUCGUCAGGCAGCACGGCAACCUGUUCGUCCCCAACGCUGCUGACUUCCUCUCCCUCGUUCCAGACCUGGCUCGUCUCUUCCGCGAAUCGGGAGAGGUCAUCUGGGUGCAGAGCGUGUUCGAAGAGCGUCGUCCCGUCCAUGACGCCCUGGGGAGAGACACCGUCGUGCUGGAGGAUGGUUCGUCCAGCACAAGUACCAGCACCAGCACCAGCACCAGUAACAGCAAGCCGGCUUCACGGAAUGCAAACACGAAGCAGCCGGUGACGCUUCCGCCGGAUACCGCCUACCAGGACGAUCCAGAGGCCUUUCUCUCUGCCUCUGAUAAAGUCUGCGCCGGUCGACGUUGCUGUCUGCCCAACUCCUCGGGUUUCCAUUUCCCUGCUCCUAUCCUUGCCGCCAUCGAUCCAAAUGAAGACACGGUCCUCGUCAAGUCAGAAUACUCUGCUUUCCAAACUCAUGGCCUGCUUCUCUCCCUUCGAUCUAGAUUCGUCACUGAAGUGUUCGUCUGCGGCUCCCUGUCCAACGCCUCUGUCUAUGCCACCGUUCUCGAUGCGGUGCGCCACGGCCUGGCGGUCACCCUGAUCGAAGACUGCCUAGGCUACCGAAGCUCCCUGCGCCAUAGAGAGGCUAUGCGACGCAUGGCUGAUAUAAUGGGCGCAAACGGGAUAACGAGUCGCGAGCUGAUGGACGGCCAGGACGACUUUGCUCCAAGCGUUUCGUCGGUUCACGCGCAGCCAACCUCCUCGCUGGUCACUGGGAUUGAGGAGAGAAUAGGUACGCUUGGCCUCUCCUCUUCGCCUACACAAAAGAAUGCCGAUAGCCAAUCCCCCGCGUGGCGGCACAAUGUUCCCGUCACACGUCGACGGAAACAGGCAGACAAACCUAAGCAAGACGGUGCUGACCAGACAAAAGAUUUUCUUCAGACCGGCCAACGGCCAGUUGCCCAACCUGAGAAGAAAGUCGUCGACAAUCCACAGGCUGGUCAGCCCUCACCUCGAAAGCAAAAGCCGGCUCAGCCCCUCAAUUGCGGUCCAGGGGACAGCAUCGCCAGCGGGGACUCGCGCAUACUCUACGAUCUGGACAUUCCUGCCGGGUCCUUCCAGCGUCUACGUGAGGAGGUCAAUUGGCAGAAAAUGUACCACAUGUCAGGACAAGUUCCACGAUUGGUGUCAGUCCAGGGAAGUGUGGCAGCGAACGGAUCGAUACCAAUAUAUAGACAUCCGGCAGACGAGUCUCCGCCGCUUUCUCCAUUCACCGCAACGGUUGAUCAGAUACGGGCGGUGGUGGAGAAACUGCUUGGCCACCCGUUAAACCACGUCCUUAUACAGUUAUACCGAGAUGGCGAUGAUCGCAUCUCGGAACAUUCUGACAAAACCCUUGACAUCGUCAGAGGAUCUAACAUCUGCAACGUUAGCCUUGGAGCACAGAGGGCAAUGACACUGCGAACAAAAGCAGACGCAAAGGGCACCGUUGAUGGAGCAAAUGAGAGCGGAAGGCAGACACAGCGCGUCCCCAUGCCACACAACUCGCUAUUUAUCCUUGGUGAAAAGUCAAAUAUGGAAUGGCUUCAUGGAAUUCGGCCAGACAAAAGACCAGACAAGGAAAAGUCUCCAGAGGAGCUUGCUUUUAAUGGCCAGCGUAUCUCCCUUACCUUCAGGCAAAUUGGAACCUUUAUAAACCCCAAGACAGAUACCAUCUGGGGCCAGGGCGCGCUGUCAAAGACGGAGGCGGAUGCUAGAACCAUCGUGCAUGGAGAGUCAACCCAGACCGAACGGAUGAUUCGUGCCUUUGGCAAGGAAAACCAGCAGUCAGAUUUCAAUUGGGAAGAACAUUAUGGGCUCGGGUUUGAUGUCGUUAAUUUUGUUACCACCUCCACCGCCAAACUUAUCACCGCUGGCUGUGAUGCCACUGCAGAUCUUUCGGUGCGGUUAGCCUUGACUGAAAACGGUAUUCGAUAUGAUAUGGCUCGCAUUGACGAUCUCCCGUCCAAGCUUAUAAGUGACUCUAACGUCCGCCAGGCACGAGAGAAACAUCUCCCUCUCCUGGUCGACUCGGAUGGCUCUACAAUCGUUACGGGAAAUGUAGACAUCCUUCUGCAUAUUGCUCACAUCGCCCACAACCGCCUCCCAGAGGUUGCCCCUGACCCUGAAACCAAGGUGGACGGCCUGACUUUGGAAGACAGGCUCGAUGCCGCUGAUACGCUUCACCGUGCGUGGACCACGGCCUCUUCUGGCAGCAUCUCUGAGCAAGCCAAUGACACACUAUCCCUCUUCGGCUCCCUAAUUCUCGGCAAAUUUUACAUAAACGGAAAACUGUUUGGGGUGGAUGACUGCGCUGUUUGGCCUAUCUUAAAGGACAUUGUGGAAACUAAGGAUGGUAAUGACGUUCUUGAAGAUAAGUUCCCAGUUCUCACUGGAUACUAUGCGAGAGUCAAAAAACGAGCCUGCGUGAAGCAGGUCAUGGAUGAGACUGUGGCGCUCGCCGGGUAG